CCGACCCUUUCGAGCUGGCUUAUAAGGUAGUCAUGUUGACAGAAUGAAUGUGAAUGUCUGGGGAAACAUGUAUUACUCUGCUGCCUACAUGAAUUAAUUGGGUAGGGCUGCAACUGCAAACAAAGCAAAGGAGGACAAGAAAGGUUCCUGAAAAUAUACAAAGACAAGGGCGUCCUAAAAAUAUUUCAGCUGUCAUGGAAGACGUUGAUGUCCCGGCCACCUAAAGCUCCAUCUCUCCACCCUCUCUCGGGGAAAGACCAGUCACUUUUGGCCAGCAUUUCUGGCUAUGCGCUGUUGUGCAUGUUUAUUCCAGCAAAGCCUGCAGUGCUCUCCAUCCAAGAUGGCUGCGGGUGAGAGCAACAGCCGUUCCUCAUGUUUAAACCUGUCCACCCCGGGCCCGCUGGGAAACGCCCAGGCGAGCAACGGAGUCCACUCGGCCCCGGCGGGCAAUGCGGGGUCUGGGGCCGCCGCCGGAGGGCUGAACAGGACCGCAGGGAGCACUAACCCACAGCCAGGCCUGGACAGCGACGUCGCGGUGAGGGUCACACCGAGCGCGCAGCACCAGGCUCGGCAGGCGGCCGGCCAGAGCGCGGCCGCUGCGGCGGCAGCGGCAGCGGCAGCAGCAGCGGCAGCAGCAGCAGCAGCAGCAGCAAACUCAGAGUCUCCGGGAGGCUCUGCGUCCAACAUGACGACCUCUUCGUCGGCUUGCUCGGCGGACACGGCCGCCAUCUCUUCAUCGCUGCCCGGCAGCCCGGCCUCAGUGCUGGUGUACAGGGAACCCGUUUACAACUGGCAGGCGACGAAAAGCACGGUGAAGGAAAGGUUCGCGUUUCUCUUUAACAACGAGGUGCUAAGCGACGUCCAUUUUUUGGUUGGGAAGGGGAUGGGUGUGCAGCGCAUUCCUGCACACAGAUUUGCGCUCGCCGUUGGGAGCGCUGUGUUCGACGCCAUGUUCAACGGAGGCAUGGCCACAACAUCGACAGAAAUUGAGCUGCCAGAUGUGGAACCGGCUGCUUUUCUGGCUCUCCUCAAGUUUCUAUACUCUGAUGAGGUGCAGAUUGGCCCUGAGACAGUGAUGACUACAUUAUACACGGCAAAGAAGUACGCAGUGCCUGCGCUUGAGGCGCACUGUGUGGAGUUCCUGAAGAAAAACCUACGUGCUGACAACGCCUUUAUGUUGCUUACCCAGGCACGGCUGUUUGAUGAGCCACAGCUUGCCAGUCUCUGCCUGGAGAAUAUAGACAAGAACACUGCGGAUGCGCUUGCUGCUGAAGGAUUCACAGACAUUGACCUUGAUACACUGAUGGCUGUGUUGGAGAGGGACACACUUGGGGUGCGAGAGGUGCGUCUGUUUGGGGCUGCAGUGCGCUGGGCUGAGGCUGAGGCACAGAGGCAGCAACUGCAGCCCACUCCAGAGAACAAAAGGCGAGUGUUGGGUAAAGCCCUCGGCCUCAUUCGCUUCCCACUGAUGACCAUAGAGGAGUUUGCAGCAGGUCCAGCUCAGUCAGGUAUACUCACAGACCGGGAGGUGGUCAGCCUCUUCCUGCACUUCACUGUCAACCCCAAACCCCAUGUGGAGUUCAUCGACCGGCCACGCUGCUGUCUACGAGGGAAGGAGUGUAGUAUCACACGCUUUGCCCAGGUGGAGAGCCGCUGGGGAUACAGUGGGACCAGUGAUCGCAUCCGGUUUUCUGUGAAUCGCAGAAUAUUUGUGGUGGGAUUUGGGCUCUAUGGCUCCAUACAUGGUCCAACUGACUAUCAGGUCAACAUCCAGAUCAUCCAUACGGACAGCAACACAGUGUUGGGACAGAAUGACACGGGCUUCAGUUGUGAUGGUACAGCUAAUACCUUCCGAGUGAUGUUCAAGGAGCCUGUGGAAAUACUCCCCAGUGUCAACUACAUAGCCUGUGCAACACUUAAGGGACCAGACUCCCACUACGGGACAAAGGGCAUGCGCAAAGUCACUCAUGAAGCCCCGGCCACAGGCACCAAGACCUGCUUCACCUUCUGUUACGCUGCAGGCAACAACAAUGGCACUUCAGUAGAGGAUGGACAAAUUCCAGAGGUCAUCUUCUACACAUAAUGAAGGUCCUCUGUUAGUUUAAAUUAUGUGGCCUCCUUUGCUACACAUUACUGAUUCCCUGAACUUUUCUGGUCUAACUGCAGAUCAGUGACCAAAUAAUGAUCUCUUAUCAUGAUCUGUUUUCUUCAUAUAUUUUUUUUUUUUUGCCAUAUGGUAAGAGCAUGAGAAAUCGAUCAUGUGUCCAGGUGUGCUUUGGGCACAUAUUUGUUUUUUUCUACUUGUGUAGCACCUCAUAGUGUAAGCCUGAAGUUACAACCAACUAGUGAUCACUUGGAGAAAAAUAGAAAUCUUUCAACAGCUGUUGAUUAGUUAAUUCAUAGAUCAGGCCUAACUCUUGCAAAGCUGGCACAGCUUUAUUUUUAUUUUGUUAAUGGCAACAUAGUUUAAUUUGUCUAUUUAGUUUAGUGUUGCUGAAAGGUUUGCAACUGGGUCCAACUUUUGACUGAUAGGUAAAAUACUCAUUGCUUUGGAGUUGCACUGAUGCACUUUUGACCACAGACGCAACUGCAAAUUGUACGUUUGGGGGUAAAAUACACUACAAUUGUGUGGAAAACAGACUGUUACGAUUUCUGACACGUGAAAUUUGAUUUGUCACGUGUAAAAGAUAAGGUGAUGUUUACAAUGAAUGCUGUUUAACCAUAGUUGCCCUCUUCAUAACAGAGCCAAAUUUCUAGUAGUGCACCUCAAUUCUAAAUACCAAUGUUGAAGUGAAGCUCUAUUCUUCAGUGAAGUACUGAACACCUUUCUAUAAUUCUAGUUUGUUUCUAUCUGGAGAUAAAAGAAUUUGGAGGAUGAUCACAGAACAACUUGAAUGUAAAACUAUUUGCCAAUCUGUAUAUUGCUUAUAAAAUUUGUUUCACCAAUGCUUGUUGUAAAAGUGCUGUAAAUAUGUCCAUGUUCUGUAUGUUCAAUUAAAGUCUGUGCACUUAGUUUUUUUUUUUUUGAGCACCACUUGGUUUCCAAGGGAGACAUGUUGAAUCAGAGUAUAAAAUGAAGCAUCUUAUGGAUUGUGUGAGGGAUCAUUGGAAGGGGCUGAUAUGGCUACAAAUGGUAGCCACUUGUGAGACUAGAGCAUAAUACACAUUACUGUAGUCAGAAGAAAAUCUCAUUUACAUGACAAUCAUUGAAAAUGCCAAACUCAGAAAAGGCCUGGUUCCAUUGACUUCCAUUACAGCAAAAGAAAAAAAAAACCCUACUUUAAAAAGUAAUCAUUGGAGAACUCUAUUCUAGGUGUCCCAGAGACCAAGCACUCUGGUUCUACUUACAGUAAUAAGAGGUGGGCACAAUACCCCAGAGGCCACACAAGCCAACAGCAAACCAUCCAAUGAGCACCACAGGUUUUAUUUUACAAAAGCAUGCUACCAAGCAAUUAAUGUCCACACUCAACACAAUUUUUAUUUCCUUUAUUAAAUGUUUAAAUUUAUUGAUUUAUCGCAUCUUGACUUUUGGCAAGCAUUAGUGCUAGAUGUUCUGUACAGUCCAGUCCCUCAAUGGGGAAGGGAGGGUAGUGGGGGAGGAGAGAAAUGGGACAGGAGCUUUUACAAUUUGUCCAAAUAGUUAUCCAGAGCUGGAAUUCCUUCCUUGAGACCCUUGCGUUUGCGUGUGUCUGCCACAAUCUGAGCAGGCUUGGUGUUGGGCUCCAUGGGGUCUCCAGGCAGGAUCUGCCAGUGGUCAAACACACACUGUGGGAAGGCCUGACCAGAGGUGUUGGAGCGGAGGUCAGCAGUGAAACC